GGAAAAGAAACUUGCGAUUACAAUGGCUAAGGAUGAAGCUAAGGCAUCAGAUUUUUCCAAAGGAUUGCUCCAGAGUGGAGAGCUCUACAAAUAUAUACUGGAGACUAGUGUGUACCCACGUGAGUCAGAGGCUCUAAAGGAGCUUAGGAACGUUACUGAUAGCCACCCUCAAGCUACGAUGGCUACUGCACCAGACGCUGGCCAGUUAAUGGAGAUGUUGCUGAAACUUGUAAAUGCAAGGAAGACGAUCGAACUUGGAGUUUUCACUGGAUAUUCUCUUCUCCUCACUGCUCUUACAUUACCAGAAGAUGGCAAGGUUAUAGGCAUUGAUGUGAACAGAAGCACAUAUGAGAUAGGGUUGCCAGUAAUCAAGAAGGCUGGUGUUGAGCACAAGAUUGAUUUCAGAGAGUCUGAAGCUCUUCCUGUCCUCGACGAGCUUUUAAACCAUGAAGAGAACGAGGGUGGAUUUGAUUUCGGAUAUGUGGAUGCAGACAAGGUGAGUUACUGGAAGUACCAUGAGAGGCUUAUGAGACUGAUCAAGGUUGGUGGGAUCAUAGUGUAUGACAACACUCUUUGGGGAGGAUCAGUUGCUGAACCUGACUCGUCUAUUCCCGAGUCGAGGAGAGAAGGGAAGAAGGCAAUCCAUGAGCUGAACAAGAAACUCUCAGCUGAUAAGCGUGUGCAGAUCUCGCAAGUUGCUCUUGGUGAUGGGAUCACUAUUUGCAGGAGACUAUGUUAAUGAUGCAUCUAUGCCAAACAAGUUGUUCGUUACUUAGAA